AUGGUAGAGCAGCAGCAUAACAUAUGGUUUGAUAGGAACAGUCAGUACUCUCUUGCUCAAUUCAGUGAGGAUUUGGCCUCAAAGAUUAUAUGGGGGCCUAGUCAAACACUGGCAGUUUGGGUUCUUGACCAAGAUACUGGGUUUGAGUGGAAGCUAAGGAGGGAUGAACAUAUACAGCAGAUGAUUAAGGACAGAGGGGAUGAGAGGCAGGCUAUUCUUGUAGUAGAUGUUGUGAGCAAGGACUCUAUUAAGGGAAAAUCUUCAUCAGAUGCUUCAAAAGGUAGAUGUGUCUCUGGUGUGAUUAAUGGAACCAAUGCAGAGGCUACUGAUGUUGAAGGAUGUGGUGAUACCAACAGUUCCCCGCAAGCAGCACCUGCUCAACAGCCACCAGCAGUUGAUUGGAGCACUCUGACCAUUUUAGAGAACCCAGAUGAUGAUGAUAUAGCUGCACAGGUUGUUGAUGAGGACCUUGUAUUUGAGGCAAUGGGAUUCAAGGGUGCUGUGGAACCAGAAAAAGCUGGUCAUGGACAAGAUGUGCUAUUUCCAGCUAUGUCAACAGAGAUGCAGGAAGACAUCAAUGAAGCAGCUGUAAAUGUUGAUGACACAGCUGAUGAGGAGCCACUGUAUGAAUGGGACAGGGACCAUCCUGAUCUGAGUGUAGGCAUCUGCUACCCCAGCAUGCCAGAGUUGAGGCUUGCAGCUAAGCAGCAUGCUAUUGUUAACGAGUUUGAGCUUCAAACUGAGCACUCUGACAAAGAAAGGAAGAAACCUAAGAAGAAGAAUCCUGCCAAGCCUGGGAGAAAAAAGAAGUCCAAGCCAACUGCUGCUGAUGCUACUGAACAGCCAACUCCAAGGACUAGAGGAGCACUGGCAAGGGAAGCUGCUGCAAAAGCAAAGAGAGAUGCACAAGAAGCAGAACUGAAGGCAGCAGCAGCAAGGGAAGCAGCAGAAGCAGCAUCAAGGGAAGAGGUUGAAGCUACCAGGAAUGAAUUUGCAUCAUCUGUCCCUGAGCCAAGUGAAGAAGCACCCCUUGAACCUAUGGCUUUGGCAGUGAUUAAUGCCCCAGAACCCAUUCAGACAACCCCCCAGGUACUAUUCUCAGAUGGUGAACAUGCCAAGAAACUUACACCAAAGAGGAAGGCCUUGGCAACUAAAGUGAAAAAAACACCACCUAAGAAGAAAGCACGCAAGAGCAAGUGA